GGACCACAGUACGUGCCUCUUACCUUCCGUACCUAAAUCUGUUUGCCGUUUCUGAUACUUUUUGAAUUAAACAGUUGCUGUUUGGAAAUAUUAUUCCCGUCGACUCCCGACCUUUUAACAACUUCAUCAAUUUGUCACUUACGUGUUGGGGAACUGCUAUCGACUAGUUUAUCAAUCACCUUUUUUAUAUUCUAUUUUAAUUCCCCCGAUUAUAAAGAGUCUUCCCCAUUUGUACCUUCUUUUUCUUGGUUCUUCUACAAACAAUUGGACCGCAGAUAGUCGACAAAGUCCAUCAUAGCCUUCGCAACUUUUCAUCUCGUUCGCUCCUAUUUUCUCGCCCUUAAAAUCCUCUACCAACUUUCCCCACCAUAGUAAUCGAAAUGUCAGACGCGGGCUCGCCUGCCCAAAGCCUCCACGAGGAAGAAAACGACGAGACUCGUGAAGGAUCAGGAGACUAUGACAUUGCCCGUGCUGGCGACUCAGAUAAAGAUUCAGACGCCCUAUCCGACAUUGACGAGGAUCAAUUCGACGACUAUGACCCCGCUACUGCUCGCGUUGACGAGAAACGACCUGAACCCCAGGUUAUCGACGAGGACGCGGCACGUACGCUAAAGGCUGGAAAGCGAAAGGGAACAGCUACGAAGAAACCUAAGGAAGGACGGCGCGCGAAGAAGCGAUCACGCGAUGAUGAUAAUGACGGAGCAGACGGCGAGAUUCUACAUACUAAACGUGUCCGCAAGGUUCCUGGAGCAGAUGCUCCGGAGCAGGAAUCGGAGCAUGAAAAUGAAGAGAAUCUAACCCCAGAAGAGAGACGGCGUCGAGCUAUCGAGCGCGCUGCCAGAAAUCAGUCGAAGCCAAAGGGUGUCAGACGAAAGAAGAAGGAUGAAGUGGAUUUGGAAGAUGAGUUAGAUGAGCGAAUCGCAGACCUUAAAGUCCGCAUGGAGAAUGCCUGCCAGGCAGACAACCAGGCGCGCGAAGCAGGCCAACCGGCUCUACACAAGUUGAAGCUCCUCCCCGAGGUGAUGGCGCUGCUUAAUCGUAACACCAAUCAAGCAGCGGUUGUCGACCCGGAUACCAACUUCCUACAACACGUAAAAUUCUUCCUCGAACCCCUUAACGAUGGUUCAUUACCUGCCUACAAUAUCCAGCGCGAUAUCUUCCAGGCUCUAACGCGGCUCCCUAUUGAGAAGGAGACUCUGCGAUCAAGUGGCAUCGGCAAGGUUGUCUUGUUCUAUACGAAGAGCAAGAAACCUGAGAUUAGUAUCAAGCGCAUGGCUGAGCGCCUGUUAGGCGAGUGGAGUAGGCCUAUCCUCAAGCGCACUGACGACUACAAGAAGCGUCAUAUCGAGACGCGAGACUUUGAUUACCAAGCGGCGAAGCUUCGACAGGUCGCCACGAGCAGUCAGUUGACGCUUAACCAGCGCCACACUGCACAAAGCCUUGCGGAGGAGGAGCGUGCACGCAUGCUGGCUCCUGUAAGAGAUGUAAGUCGUGCGCGGGUUACGGGCCUUCCCUCAACGUACACAAUCGCCCCGCGUAGUACUUUUGAUCCCACACGCGCCCCGGACUAUCGACCAAUCGGUGCCAGCGGAAUUGAAGCGUUCCGCAAGAUGACCCAGAAGGGGAAGAAGAAGGGCUAAGGUGUACAACUAUAUUACCCUUCUAGAGUUUGUCAAAUUGGAAUUAUGCCGGACGGAGGUUCUUGCAUGCUAUUAUGUGUGCAUGUACUUGGAGUUUAGGUUUACACGUCUCUUUAUAUCAACACGCCAAAGGAACACCUAGUUCUACUAUACUUGGUAACAGGUAGCUUAGGUACCUAGGCUUCUAUCUUAGUAAAAAGACAUCCAGGUUUAAGACCAUCAGAUAGCCCGACCCGGGCGUGGUAUUGCACUGCUUUGUGGGGUUGGUACACACUGGACUUGAUGAAUGAAAACUCCAUCAUUUUCGUCGAAUAUUGCCGUGUUUAUGAUAUACAUAUGCAAGCUGGG